AUGGCUGCCCUUCAUGAUGAACCUAUGGCUGCCCUUCAUGAUGAACCCAUGGCUGCCCUUCAUGAUGAACCCAUGGCUGCCCUUCAUGAUGAACCCAUGGCUGCCCCUCACGAUGAACCCAUGGCUGCCCCUCAUGAUGAACCCAUGGCUGCCCUUCAUGAUGAACCCAUGGCUGCCCUUCACGAUGAACCCAUGGCUGCCCUUCAUGAUGAACCCAUGGCUGCCCUUCAUGAUGAACCCAUGGCUGCCCUUCAUGAUGAACCCAUGGCUGCCCCUCACGAUGAACCCAUGGCUGCCCUUCAUGAUGAACCCAUGGCUGCCCUUCAUAAUGAACCCAUGGCUGCCCUCUGA